GCGCUCAGCUAGCCGGCCGCGCGGUGAGGGUCGUCCAUUGAAGGCGAAACAAGAGGCGCACUCCACUCAGGAAUAGAGAGGUAAAGAGCCAGCUCCCUUCCAAGGAAGAAAACCUACAGAUUUGAACCGGUAUCCUUUUAAGCUGGUCAUCAUGAUGAAACUUAGACACAAAAAUAAAAAGUCUGGUAAAGGUUCCAAAGGCUGCAAGAAGAAUGGGAAGAAAACAGCCUCCAAGUUGGCCUCUGUUCCCCAGCUUGUUCACUCCAAUGAUCAUGCCAUCCGGGAGGCUGGAUUAAAGAAGAAGAGGGUUGAAGAGAUGAGGGAGAAGCAGCAGGCUGCGCGGGAGCAGGAGAGAUACAGACGCAGGACCAUUGAGAGCUACUGUCAAGAUGUCCUGCGUCGCCAGGAGGAAUUUGAGAGCAAGGAGCAAGUUUUGCAGGAAUUAAAUAUGUUUCCUCAGCUGGAUGAUGAGUCCACAAGGAAGGCUUAUUACAAGGAGUUCCGUAAGGUGGUGGAAUACUCUGAUGUGAUUCUGGAAGUUCUGGAUGCCAGGGACCCAUUGGGUUGUCGCUGCUUCCAGAUGGAGGAGGCUGUGCUGCGGGCAGAAGGCAGCAAGAAGCUGGUCCUGGUCUUGAACAAGAUUGACCUGGUCCCCAAGAAGAUAGUAGAGAAGUGGCUGGAUUACCUUCGGAAUGAGCUGCCAACUGUGGCUUUCAAGGCUAGCACUCAGCAUCAGGUCAAAAACCUGAAUCGUUGCAGUGUGCCAGUGGAGCAGGCCUCUGAGUCACUGCUGAAGAGCAAAGCCUGCUUUGGAGCUGAAAACCUCAUGAGGGUUCUGGGGAACUAUUGCCGCCUUGGUGAAGUGCGCACCCACAUCCGUGUUGGUGUUGUGGGCCUUCCUAAUGUUGGGAAGAGCAGCCUGAUCAAUAGUUUGAAACGUAGCCGUGCUUGCAGCGUGGGAGCCGUUCCUGGGGUCACCAAGUUCAUGCAGGAAGUCUACCUGGACAAGUUCAUCAGGCUGCUGGAUGCGCCAGGCAUUGUCCCAGGACCCAACUCAGAGGUGGGCACCAUUCUGCGCAACUGCAUCCAGGUGCAGAAGCUGGCGGACCCUGUGACCCCGGUGGAGACCAUCCUGCAACGUUGCAACCUGGAGGAGAUUUCCAACUAUUAUGGUGUCUCUGGGUUCCAGACCACUGAGCACUUUCUGACUGCGGUGGCCCAGCGCUUGGGGAAGAAGAAGAAAGGAGGCAUAUACAGCCAGGAGGAAGCAGCCAAAGCUGUCCUGGCUGAUUGGGUGAGUGGGAAGAUCAGCUUCUAUACACUCCCACCAGCCACCCACACUCUGCCCACCCAUCUUAGUGCUGAGAUUGUUAAGGAGAUGACUGAAGUCUUCGACAUUGAGGAUACAGAGCAGGCCAACGAAGACACCAUGGAAUGUUUGGCCAAUGGAGAAUCUGAUGAGCUAUUGGGUGACAUGGAUCCGCUCGAAAUGGAGAUCAAGUGGCUCCAUUCUCCGAUGAUGAAAAUAGUAGAUGCUUUGGAAAAUAAAACCACCGUGUGUAAGAUUGGAGAUGGAGAGCUCACUGGGUAUUGCACCAAUUCGAACCGUCAUCAGAAGGGGUGGGCUAAGCGCAAUGUGGACGACUACCCUAGGAAUGUCUGCCCAGUGGACCGCCGCCCAAUGAUACAGAGGAUCAUGGAGACAGACCCCCUGCAGCAGGGCCAGGCUCUGGCAUUUGCCCUGAAGAAUAAGAAGAAGAUGCAGAAGCGUACAGAUAAACUCGCCAGUAAGCUGUCUGAUUCCAUGAUGUCUGCCCUUGACCUCUCUGGCAAUGCUGAUGACAGUGCUGGUGACUGAUUGACUGAUCCCCUCUCCAAGUGCCAGCUCCAGUAGGAUGGGGGGAAUACAGAUGAAAUAAAGUGGUUUGUUUCUCCCUGAAGCACCUGUAUAUUAAAAGAACCACACCUUCCCUGAUACUUUUCACCAUUCUUCAGGGGAAAGAAAGAGUCCCAAGUAGCUGGAACUGGCCAACCCAAUAUCCUUUAUUUAAUCCCCACUGUUUUCCAAGACAAAUAAAAGCAAUUAU